UAAGUGUGAAGGAAAUACACAUUGUAAAUCCAACAUCUGUGUUGAUCGAAAUCUUAGAGUUUUUUCAAAGCAUUGCAUCCUUUUUUGAAGGAUAUUAGAAAAAAGCCGUCAGUUGUAAACAGUCUGUCAGUGAAAAUAAAAGUUGCCUACAAAUUUAGUGCAAAAUGUCAGAAAACAAUAGAUCUACAUCGCCAAGCCAUUUCCAAAAGAAAGAACAAGAGGAAAGUGUGGACUUGGACUCUGGCUUUGUAUCUAGCUACAUCGAAUCUGGACCAAUAAAUAGUACAUCACUCGACGCUUCCGAUUACGAAAAGAAAUUGGAAGUUGAGCAAGAUCCAAAGCAGGACAAAUUAAAUCAACAACAAACCAACGAACAAGAAAUGGACUCUGCAUAUAUUGAUAGUGGAUUACUGUCAUCAGACAUGUCAAAGUUAGAAAUCAACCCGCAAAUAAUACUUCCGAAAGACACAAAUAAUGAGGUGUAUUUUCAGCCCAAUGAAGACGGAGAUACCCUUCUACAUCUGGCGAUAAUUUGGCCCCAUGAGACCGUUGCAAAAACAUUAAUCAAACUAGCACCUGACUCAUCUUACUUAAAUAUCCAAAAUGACAUAUACUUGACGCCAAUGCAUUUAGCCGUACUAACAGAGCAACCAGAAUUAGUGAGGGACCUUGUUAUUGGAGGAGCCAAAACUACUAUUCGUGAUCGACGAGGAAAUACUGCUCUGCAUUUAGCUUGUCUGAAUGGUCACAAGGAUUGCGUCAAGCAACUACUAACACCACUAGAUUUAUUCGAAAAAAAUCGUUCUCCAAUUUCUGGCACACUGUCUUUUAAUUUAGAAACGUGGAAUUAUGAUGGUGAGACUUGCAUUCAUUUGGCUGCGAAAUGUGGAAAACCAGUCAGAAUAGAAAUCAUUAAAAUAUUAGUCGAAUUUGGAGCAGACAUAAAUGCCAGAGAGGGCAAACAAGGACGAACGAUUCUUCAUAGGGCUGUAGAAGAAGGAGAUGAGUCAUUGGUACAGCUUUUAUUAAAAGAAUGUCCGAAAUUAGAUGUUAACAUAUGCACAUACGCUGGAUUAAGUGCAUAUCAAAUGGCGUUCGCCAAUGCUAGUUACAACCAAAAAUUUAAAAUAAUUGCACAAGUCUUACUCAAACGAGGAGCUGACUCGACCCCCAUGAUAAGUGACGAUAGUGAGUCGGAGGAUGAAUUAAUGCCACCUUCAAACCAAAGUAGACUAAUGAGCAGUUGUCCGGUUAAUGUUGUUUAAAAGCUAAUUUGAUUUUUAUUCAUAAUAAUUUUAACUAAUUUUAAAAUUUGACUACUUUCAUAAAGAUGUUGUGUAAAUAAAAAUUUUAAACCCUUAUUGUAAGAUAGUUACAGUUAAAAUUAAGCAUUUAUUAAAUAAAUUUAAUUAUUUC